CUCCCCCGAACCUUAAGCCUACUUUGCCAAAACGGACACCGAAGACCCUUCCAACGGAAUAAAAAACCUAUAUGCACCUACCGCAACAACCCCGGUCAUAUGGAAGACAAAUGUUACAAGAAGCAUGGCUUCCCACCUAAUUUCUCACCCAUGCCUCGAUCAAAUCAACAUUCAUCCAAGGAUUAUACCAAAUCAAGAUUCAAAGCGGCUCAUCAAGUGGAAACUCAUUUUGCUCUAGCCUUCGAAAAUGAGACUCCAGUCUCCAUUUCUACCACGUAA